AUGGGCUUCAUAUCUCAAGAUGCGCUCCUGGAGCCCACAAAUGGAGUCAAGCACAAUGACGACUUCAGCUCAUUCAAUAUUGAAGAACUGACCAGUGAAACGACACCGACAGGCAUGAAAGAAGAGAUUGUUCUAUUGUCGUGGCUCAUGGUUCUACUACGGAGCCGCGAAGAUAGUCAAGUAUCUUACGACUGGUCGUACACUGGCGAUAAUGACCAACGCAUUAAUAAAUUGUCCAUGAACGAAGUUAUGAAAGGGCUCGAGAGUAAUGUCGGGGAAGUGGCGGCCGCGAUUGUGCGAACUCUCCCGGGUUCGUCAAGUUCGGGCUCCAUCAUUCUGAGCACAAGUUCGCUUGUGCGAACCGCAGAAACAAUUAAAGACGAAGGCGCAAUUCACCUCGAAGUCCGCAUGAACAAGGGGAAUGUCGAAAUCCGCCCGGUAUGGCAGACUGAAAACAUGCUGCCCUACACAGUGAAUCACCAUGUAGAGGCUCUGGCAGAUACGAUCAGAGUCUGCAUCAGGAACUUCGAUGCAACCAUCGCACAAUGCUUGAAACCAACUGCAAGCGAUCUGAACGACAUCUGGAGCUGGAACCAUGAAUUGCCACCCACAUACAGCUUCUGCAUGCAAGAAAUGGUCGCUGACCGAGCUCGCGAGCACCCAGACAAGAUUGCCAUCGAUUCAUGGGAUGGCAGUCUAACUUACGGUCAAAUCGACCAGUGGUCCACCUCCGUCGCAUGCUCGCUGAAGGAAAUGGGCGUCGAGCUGCACGAUGUUCUCCCAGUCUGCUUUGAGAAAUCCAGAUGGACCAUUGUGGCCGUACUCGGAGUGAUGAAAGCAGGUGCAACACUUGCACUUAUGGACCCGACACUUCCGUUGGCUCGCCUGCAGAACAUGGCCGUGCAGGUCGGUGCGAAGGCGAUGGUCGCGUCCCGGAAGCAGUAUGAGCUGUCUCUGACCAUCAUGCCGGAAGGCAAGCAUUUCGUUGUCGAAGAAGAUGCGUUCAAGGCCUCGUCAUCUGUCGACACCCUCCCUGCGGUACCACCAUCCACGCUUAUGUAUAUCAUCUUCACCUCCGGCAGUACCGGUACGCCCAAGGGAGUGAAGAUUUCCCACGAAACCUAUACCAGCAGUGCCAUCCCUCGAGCAAAGGCAGUUGGGUACACACCAGAGUCCAGAGUUCUCGACUUUGCUUCCUACGCUUUCGAUGUCAGUAUCGAUAGCAUGCUUCUCACACUCGGAAACGGUGGAUGUUUAUGCAUUCCCUCAGACGAGGACCGACUCAACGACAUCAACGAGGUGAUCAGAAAGAUGAGAAUUAAUUAUGCCGGUCUUACUCCCUCAGUAGGCCGCAUCUUGGAUAGCGAUGUCAUUGCAUCCCUGAGUGGUCUCGGUCUAGGAGGCGAGGCUGUCUCCGCAAGGGAUGCCAACCACUGGGGCCAGGAAACCAGAAUCAUCAUUGGUUAUGGUCCUUGUGAGUGCACCAUUGGAUGCACAGUUAACAGCAGCGCCGCCACAGGCCGGGACUACCUUUCGAUCGGCCCCGGUAAUGGAGCAGCUAUGUGGAUUGCCAACCCCAAUGACCACAACGAGCUCGUUCCCGUCGGCGGCGUUGGUGAGCUUCUUGUCGAAGGCCCAAUCGUCGGCCAGGGAUACCUGAACGAUCCUGAGAAGACUGCCGCUUCAUUCAUCAACGACCCCCCUUGGUUGGUCGCAGGCCACAAGCAAUACACUGGUCGUCGGGGUCGUUUGUAUAAGACAGGAGAUCUUGGAAGAUACGACCCAGACGGACUGGGAGGCAUUGUCUUCGUCGGACGCAAAGAUACCCAGGUCAAGCUACGCGGUCAGCGUGUCGAGCUUGGCGAAAUUGAGAGUCAACACACAGCUGUGCUGCCUGCGGAGGCUAACAUCAUCGCCGAGGUUAUCACGCCCAAGGAUUAUGGCGGUCAACCCAUGCUGGUGGCUUUCGUUGCUUUCCAGCCUAAGGGACAUGGCCAAACCGAGCUUGCUCUCGAUGAGCUUUCCAGCGAGUUGAGCGAAAUUCUUUCCAAUGCCCAGAAGGAAGUAUCAAAGACUUUGCCACGGUACAUGGUGCCAACGACCUACAUCCCCGUCAACUUGAUUCCAGUGUUGAUUUCCGGAAAGACCGACCGCAAGCAACUCCGAGCCUUUGGUGCGGCGGUCGAUCUGCGCCAACUUGACCAAGAGGCAGCCAGCACGGCUUCCCGAGAGCUGACCGAGCUCGAACAGCGGCUCCGCCAGAGCUGGGGUGAGGUCCUCAAGCUCGACGUUGAGAGUAUCCGUCCUGGCGAUAACUUUUUCGCUCUGGGCGGUGACUCUUUGGCAGCGAUGAGACUCGUGUCUGCCUGCAGAUCCCAGGAUCUCGAUCUCUCUGUUACCAGCACAUUUGCGAACCCUACCCUGGCAGCUAUGGCCGGUGUGGUCCAACCGUGUGUUUCUCAGGAGACUGUGGAGAUCCCACCCUUCUCAUUGAUUUCUCAAUCGAAGGAAAGUGCCCUUCUUGAAGCAGCAGAAGCCUGUGGAGUUCCUCAGGCUGACGUCGAAGACAUCUAUCUCUGCACCCCCACUCAGGAGUCCCUUUUCACCUUCUCGCUCAAGUCAACAAAGGCCUACAUUGCCCAACGAGUGGCAUGCAUCCCAUCCGAUAUUGACACCGAAGCCUGGAAGAAGGCAUGGGAAGCGGUCGUUGCAGCAAGCCCCAUCUUGCGCUCUCGCCUGGCACCGCUCCAGGACCCCGGUCUUCAGCAGAUUGUCCUAAAGGAAGGCAUCUCAUGGAGAUACGCCAGCGAUCUCGAACAAUACCUGAAAGACGACCGAACUGAGCGCAUGGACCUUGGCGGAAGCUUAGCUCGUUACGGCAUUGUCACCAGUGAAGCUGAUAGCAAGCGGUACAUGAUCUGGACUGUGCACCACGUCCUUUACGACGGAUGGUCCGAGCCCAUUGUGCUGAAGCAGGUGAGCGAUGCCUUGCAGGGAGAAUCUGUCGAGAUUCAGACCCAAAUGCGAAACUUCGUCAAAUACGUCCGCGAGACAGACGAGACUGCCAUGCAUGAAUUCUGGAGACGGGAACUGAAGGGCGCCGUCGGUCCCCAGUUCCCCCGUCUGCCAUCCAGAGACUUCGUGCCCACCCCCACAGGUCUGAUUGAGCAUCAAAUCGACCUCGAGACCGGUGCUGGAUCACCCUUCACGAUGGCGACUUUGAUCCGCGGUGCCUGGGCUCUGGUCGCAUCGCAGUACACUGGCAGUGAUGAUGUCGUGUUUGGCGAGACACUGACUGGUCGUGACAUUUCCUUGCCAGGUGUUGAGAGCAUUGUUGGACCUCUCAUCGCGACCAUUCCGAUCCGAAUUCACGUCCGCCGUUCCAGCUCGGUUGAAGACUACCUGCAGACUGUUCAACAGGCUAUCUUGGCUCGCACACCCUACCAACAUAUGGGUAUGCAGAACAUCAGAAAGGUCAGCCAAGAUGCCCAAUAUGCAUGUGAGGCAGGUACAGGUCUGGUCAUCCAGCCCGAUCCCGAAUACGUGGGCAGUGAGCUUGGAUUCGAGCUUGGCGAUGUUGUUCGCGAAGCCCUCCACUUCAACCCGUACCCGCUCAUGGUGGCGUUUGGAAUCCGCAAGGGAGGACUCAGAGUCUGUGCAAGCUUUGACAGCACUCUGAUCGAAGGCUCGCAGAUGCAGCGCGUCCUCGCUCAACUUGAGACUGCCUGCGUGCAGCUGUCCCGGGGUCUUGAUAAGAGAAUCGAUGAGAUCUCCUGCUUGCCUGAAGCGGAGAUCGAUCAGAUCUGGCAAUGGAACCAAGUCCCUCCUUUGUCGGUCGACGAGUCAACUGGCAACCUUCGGGCAAAUGUCACUGCCAAGCAAGGAUCGGUUUAUCCUCGCGCAGUGAUUCCUUGGGUCUGUGACGCUCGCAACCCUGCUCUACUGGCUCCCAUUGGCAGUGCUGGUGAGCUCUGGCUCGAGGGCGCUUGCCUUUCUGGAGAGACAACCGAGUCCCCUGCCUGGCUCACGGCUGGUAGCUCCGGCAGUGCUGGUCGAUCUGGGAAAUUGCAACCCACGGGCGACAUUGUGCAGCUCCAAGACGAUGGCAGCCUCAUUUUCGUUGGCCGAAAGGAGAAUGUUGUGCCACUCCAGGGUCAUGCAGUGGAUAUUGUUGACCUUGAAAGCCACUUUGCAAAGCAUCUUCCAACGGGGACCCGAGCUGCUGCGUCGGUGUUCCAGCCUUUGAGGGAGGGCUCGCAGAAGGUGACGGAGCAAGAACUGGUUGUCUUCGUUGAGAACAUCUCGUCGCAAGAGGAGACUGUUAAGGUUCUGGCAGAGCAGUACCAGAUCAUUGGCAGUGAUGCCAUCAUCUGCGAUACCAUCCCUGUCACGCUUGCCGUGUCUCUCAAGAAGCUUGAUAAGUAUAUCCGCGACUCAUUGCCUUCUUACAUGGCCCCCUCGGCAUACGUCGUGGUCAACAAGUUGCCCGCUGAGCUGGAGCAGCUCGACCACAACCUGCUUAAUCAAUUGGCCGCAAAGAUCCCUCAGAGCAUGCUCGAUCAGGCCCGCGAGGGCUUGAAGGACGCAUGGACUAAGGGUAUUGCCCAGGCAAAGCUUUCACCUACAGAGAAGAUUCUGCAGGCCGCUUGGGCAAAGAUCCUCCGACUCAGCUCUGAGAAGAUUGAUGUCGAUGACAACUUCUUCCGUCUUGGCGGUGACUCCGUCUUGGCGAUGAAGUUGGUUUCCAGCCUCAGAACCGACGGACACAGUCUUUCAGUCGGUGACAUCUUCCAACACAUGCGUCUUGGUGAUGCUGCCAAGGUGUUGCGAGUGGACCAGGCAACCGCCAACGUACAACCUUACAAGCCUUUCGCUGCUCUCAGCAACUUGGACGUCAAGAUGUUCCUGGCCUCAACUGUCCGACCCAAGCUUGCGAACCCGGGAUGGCCAGUCCAAGAUGUCUCUCCCGUUACAGACUCACAGGCCCUCGACAUCAGAGGAACUGUUGGUGCACCACGCACCUCCUACCAGUACACCAUGCUGUACUUUGACCAGAGCAUUGACACCGAUCGGUUGUUGCGCGCAUGCGAUGAUUUGGUGCAGACUCAUGACAUUCUCCGCACAGUCUUCGUCGAGCACGAAUCAAGCUUCCUUCAGGUCGUCCUUGAAAAGGCCUCUGUUCAUGUUGCCAUGCACAAGACAGACCAAGAACUCGAGAAGUACGUCAGUGAUGUCUGCAAAUCCGACAUCGAGUCCAACUUCGAACUCGGGACACCAUUCUUCAAGAUUUUCCAUGUCGCAGGCGAGAAUGGAAAGCAGUGUCUUGUGCUCGGUCUCUCACACGCCCAAUACGACGGUGUCUCACUGCCUCGACUCCUGCAGGACCUGGAGACCCUGUACAAGGGAAGCAAGGUCGUCGACUUCGAACCAUUCGCGUCAUACGUCGCUCGUAUCUCCGAUGGACGCCUUCAAACACAAGCCGUCAACUAUUGGACCAACCUACUCAAGGACUCAUCCUUGUCCGUCCUCGACGGACCCACCGUCCACCCAACCGACAAGGCCAUCUUCCACGAAAAGCCAGUCGAGAACUUCCAACCCGUGGAAGAGAUCACAACCGCCACAGUCCUGACCGCAGCCUGGGCCCUCGUCCUCGCCCGCCGUCUCAGCAAACCAGACGUAACAUUCGGCACCGUAACCUCCGGCCGAACCAUCGACCUCGCAAACGUCGAAAACGUCAUGGGCCCCUGCUACCAACUGACCCCCGUGCGAGUCAAAUUCAACUCCGACUGGACAGCAAUGGACCUCCUCCGCUUCGUGCAGAAGCAAAGCGCCGAAUCCGCGGCCCACGAUUUCCUCGGAUUCGACAAGGUCUCCAAGCAGUGCGCGCAGUGGUCGUCUGAGAUGCGAUCCUUCGACUCGAUCGUCCAUCACCAGGACUGGGAGGAUUUCGAUGAUAUGCCUUUUGCUGGAUCUUCUGCCAAGGUUGAUAUCUCGAACCCGCAUGGUGAUGCUGCUUAUCCUCUUAAGGCUGUUUCUUUUGUUAAGGGGGGUAAGAUGCAUGUUGGUUUCGUUGGAAGUGAGAGGGAUGCUGCGUUUGUGGAUGCCACUCUUGAUGAAUUGGCUGCCGCUGUUCAAGAGUUGUCGGCGUGUCAGGCUGGGCCUUUGGUCCUCAGUGUUUGA